AUGGACAUUCUGCCGCUGCUUCUUUACCUGGGCACAGUGCUGGCACCGUGCUGUGGAUUCAGCGUGGACGUGGAUUUGCCGACUGCCUUCCAGUUGCCCACCCGGAGCUUUGGGAGGAGCGUGGCCCAAAUCGGAGACACGCUGCUCGUGGGGGCUCCAUUCCAGAUGGGGAAAGCCAACGAAACAGGCAAACUUUACCGGUGCACCUACCACCCAGGCACCUGCACAGAGAUUAGCAUCCGACGACCUGCAGAUGCUGUCAAUAUGUCUCUUGGCUUCUCCUUGGCUGCUCAACGUACUCAAGUCCUAGUGUGCGGCCCCACAGUGCCCCGGGCCUGUGGGAAGAACAUGUAUAUGAACGGCUAUUGUUUCCUUCUAGACCAGAAUCUGCAGCAGCUCCAACACUUUCCCAAGACCUUACCAGAAUGCGCUCUCCACCCGACAGACAUCGUGUUCUUGAUCGACGGCUCGAGCAGCAUUAACCGCAGAGACUUUGAAAGGAUGAAGGUGUUUGUUUCUGAGGUCAUCAACAGAUUGUCUGGCAGGAAUACACUGUUUGCCCUCAUGCAGUUUUCGGACAGUUUUGAGGAACACUUUGAUUUCAGAGCUCAAAACCCAGCGGAACGCGUGAUGGAUGUCGAGCAGGUUGGAGGAUGGACCUACACGGCCACCGCCAUCCACAAAGUUGUGAAUCAGCUGUUCACCCCAAGAAAAGGCUCCCGGAGCGACGCCACCAAGAUUCUUAUAGUGAUUACGGAUGGGGAGAAAAGGACAGAUCCCUUGGAGUAUUGGAAUGUGAUACCGGAGGCUGAGCGAGCAGGGAUCAUCCGCUACGCUAUUGGGGUGGGCAGCGCUUUCUCAACGACAAGGGCCAGGAAUGAACUGGACACCAUUGCUUCCAGUCCAAGCUCUGAGCAUGUCUUCGCGGUACACGAUUUCGAGGCCCUCAGGGGCAUCCAAGACAAGCUACAGGAUAAAAUCUUUGCCAUUGAAGGGACACAAUCCCACAGCAGCAGUUCUUUCCACAUGGAAAUGUCCCAGGAAGGAUUCAGUGCCCUGCUGACCCCAGACGGCUAUGUCUUAGGAGCCGUGGGAGCUUACGACUGGUCUGGAGGGGUGUUUCUAUAUCAGGGUAUCAACAGAAACCCACAUUUCAUUAAUUCCUCCAGCUCUGCUACAGAUAUGAAUGAUGCUUAUCUAGGCUAUUCCUCUCAGCUUGUCCAGAUCAAAGGGAGACGUGGCUUUGUAUUGGGAGCCCCCCGUUCUAACCACAUUGGCAAAGUGGUUGUCUUUGAGAAAAACACCCGGACCGGGGAAUGGCAGCAGACAACGGAGGCCGUAGGAGAACAGGUUGGCUCAUAUUUUGGCGCGACGCUGUGUUCGGUGGACCUCGAUAGAGACUCCAACACAGAUUUGGUUCUAGUUGGAGCCCCCAUGUAUUAUGAUGCAGUUACGGGAGGAAGGGUUUAUGUCUGUCAUUUUAAGGUGGAAGGUAUUCAGUGUAGCACAACUUUGAAAGGACAGGAAGGACACGUUUUUGGCCGCUUCGGGGCCAGCAUGGCAGAAGCAGGCAACCUCACUGGGGACAGAUGGACAGAUGUGGCGAUUGGGGCCCCCUUGGAGGACGAGAAUGUGGGGGCCCUGUACAUAUUUGAAGGGAAAAGGACGUCUCUUAGCCUCCAGUACUGCCAGCGCGUCGAAGGGCUGCGAUUCUCCGGCGGGUUCUUCUACUUUGGCCAGUCUGUCAGCGGAGGGACGGACCUUACAGGAGACGGCCUGACGGACCUGGCUGUGGGAAGGCAAGGGCAGGUGCUGCUGCUGAGGUCCCGCCCCAUUCUCCAAGUGGGAGUCUCCAUUGAGUUCCAGCCCCCUCUCAUCCCCACCUCAGCUUUCCGGUGUCUGGAGCAGGAGCAUCAUCAGCAGGUGGCUAUUGAAGCCACAAUAUGCUUUGCUGUCACCAAGGCUACUCGGGAUGCACUAGGCAACAUCUUUAGCGACCUUCGGUACUGCCUGGGUCUGGACUCUGAGAGAAGCAAGAUUCGUGCCUCCUUCAGCUCUAAAUCCCCUGUUCUGACUGCAGGCUUUCAGACUGGCCUCGGGCGGAAGUGCCAGAGUCACCAGAUUGAAUUGCCUAUCUGUAUCGAGGACACCCUGACCCCCAUCACCCUACGGCUCAAUUACAGCCUCCUGGGGACGCCCAUUGCUGAAGCCCAGGGGCUGCGCCCUAUCCUGAGGGAAGGAUCCCAGCAAGUCUACAUGGCACAGCUGCCCUUUGAAAAGAACUGUGGCGCCGAUGGGCAUUGUGUUGACCAUUUACAAACCUCGUUUAAUUUCUCAGGUUUGGAAACCCUGGUUGUGGGCCUGACUCCGGAACUCAACGUGACAGCUUCUGUCCAGAAUUACGGGGAGGACUCCUACAGCACCACGCUGUGCUUCUUCUACCCAGCAGGGAUGUCGUACCGCAAGGUCACGUUGCUGCAGCCCAGCAGGAAGGUCAUGAGCGUGAAAUGCAACUCGGCUCCUGCAUCAGAAGAAGAUGCUGACCGGAACGCCACCUGUAACGUCAACCACCCGAUUUUCUGGAGCGGAGCAGAGGCCGUCUUUGUCGCCACAUUCGAUGUUUCCCUAGAUGCGGAUCUGGGGGACACUCUGCAGAUCACGGCCAAAGCCAACAGUGAAAACGGUGGCGACGUCACCGCAGACAUGGUUCAUCAGGCAGAGCUGCCCGUCAGAUAUGCCGUCUACAUCAUUGUUACCGCCACUGAAGAGUCAACUAAGUAUGUCAACUUCACAGCCGGCCAGGGGGAAUCCAGCAUGAGCAUCGAACAUCAGUAUGAGGUGAAGAACCUCCGCAAGCGAAGCAUCCCCGUCUCAGUAACGUUUCACAUCCCUGUGAAGCUGAACGGAAUCCAGACAUGGAACGUGUCUCAGGUCAUCCCCUCCAAGCCUCAGCUUGCCACGUGUGUUUUGGAAAGAGAAACUUUGGGUGACAAGGAUGUUGAGAAGAAACUGAUAAAGUGCCCCCUUCUGGACUGCUCAGUGGCUGCCUGUAAGACAAUCCGGUGUGACAUUUUGUCACUAAAGAUGCGGCAUCCGGUGGAAUUUACAAUCAAGGGCAAUGUCAGUUUCCAGUGGGCGACUCAGACCCAACAGAAGAAAUUGAUCCUAGUGAGCUCUGCAGAAAUUUCUUACGACAAUCAAAAAUACACCCAGAAGGAGGGCUUUGUGAACCAGCAGGUGCAGACUGUGCUGGAGUUCAUUGAAGUCUACAACUACCUGCCUGCGAUCAUCGGGGGGACCUUUGCGGGGCUUGUCCUUCUGGCGGUCAUUACUGCGGCCCUCUACAAGGUCGGGUUCUUCAAGCGUCAGUAUAAGCAGAUGUUGAGUGAUGCUGGGGAUGGUGACGGAGCCUCACCCCCCAGCCAGGAAGGCACAGACUCCUCUCCCCCCGACAAAGGCAAUGUCUACUAA